GAAACUCAUAAAGGUAACAUACAAGAUGGCAUCGGAUGUUUUGGGCUGAGCAGCUGCAAAUUGAGGAAUUGAAUCGAAAAGGAGGGCGAUGGCGGCGGCGUCGUUUAGGUGGUUGCUCCAACUCCACAGGGACGUUCCCAAGGCGACGAAGUUCUACUCGCAAGGUCUCGACUUCUCCGUCAACAUCUGCACGCUUCGGUGGGCCGAACUUCAGUCUGGUCCUCUCAAGCUUGCUCUAAUGCAAUCCCCAUGUGAUAAUGUGAUCCAGAAUGGUUACUCUUCAGUUUUAUCAUUCACGGUGAGUGACAUUAACAGUACGGUAACAAAACUAAUGGCAUUAGGAGCUGAACUAGAUGGUCCCAUCAAAUAUGAAAUCCAUGGCAAGGUUGCCGCCAUGCGUUGCAUUGAUGGUCACAUGGUUGGCCUCUAUGAACCAGCAUAAAAUGUUCUAGAGAUGCCCAUUAACCAGAGUCGACCGAUUCGCUGUUGAAAUCGUUUGAAGACAUUGAGAAGACAUGAGAAAUUUUUCCCUUCUUUGGAUUUCCUUCAAUUAUUGUAAGUGUUUUUUCAUCCAAAUCAAUUAGAGCCGUGCAGAGUGUAUAAAGAGUUGGACCUGCAGUAAUAC